UCAGGAAAGUGCGUCUACCAAAGUUAAAUAGGAUUGAAAAAUUAACAAGAGGCCUGCUAUCACAAAGAGAUGUCAAUGCUAUAUUCGCUGUGAAGGAAAUUAAAGGGAAAGGGAGAGGUGUAUUUCUCAGAUCUGCAGUUUUACGCAAGGAUUCUUUUGUCCUUGAAUAUGAAGGUGACAUAAUUUCAGAAGCAGAAGCCCAGAUACGGGAAAAAAUUUACGCCAACAAUAAUGAAGGUUGCUACAUUAUGUCCUUCUUAUUUCAGGGAGCCAAAAUGGCAAUUGAUGCCACAAGAAAUUUUGAUUCUUUUGCUAGGUUAUUAAAUCACUCACGAGAACCCAAUGUUCGAUUUCACCCCCCUUUUGUGACUGAUCUAAAAGGGGGACUGCCAAGAAUAGCCAGUUACGCCCUUCGAGAUAUCUUCAAAGGGGAGGAAAUUGUAAUUGAUUAUGGUGUUCGAGAUGGGCAUAUUACCUGGCUUAGAAAUCGAGAGAUUGCUUUCAGGACAGAUGUUGACCUAGAUUCUUCAGAUGACAGUGAUUGUUCCAGCAGCCAUGAUUCUCACACAGGCUUUCGAACCUCUGAAAGGCCUUCAAGCCCGGAGUGCUACGCUUCCUGCAGCUCUGAGAGGCCCGAAUCUGCAGCAGCAUCAAAUACACAUGUCACAAAAGAUAAACAGAUCAGAAGAGAUCCAGACAAUAUGGCACUCAGCCGAGGAGAAUGGGCCGCUCGUAUCACAAGAUUAGUUCCACAGAGCCGCGUAAAUCGUUACAUUGCUGGACUUGAAAGUAUUGAAAUACCUCAAAAGAUAUUGAAAUGUUUAGAGGUUACUUCUGAAAGGAAAAGUAAACAGUCAUCCACAGAAAGUGUUGUUUGUUUGUCUACGUCUUCAAGUGGUGGCAGCAGCAGUGUGUCCUUAAGAACCUCAUCUUCAUCAAGAAAAAAUACCUUUUUAAAAUAUUCUUUAGAAAACCAGGAUAAAGCUCUUGCCAUUGAACUGCCUUCGAACGAAGCUCCAGAUAGUAUUCACAAGGUGCUUGAGUGGCAGAAGACUUCACCUUUACCUCGUAGUGCAAUGAAUAUACAAAUUAUAGGCGUCCAAAGCCUCAGUGAUUUUUCACAUAUAGAAAGAAGCACAGACUUGGAGCCUAGCUCUUCUCAUAGGCAGCAGACUGAUUCAGCACUGAAACAUCAGGAAAUUCCAGCCAGCAGCCCCCCUCAUCCUCCUCAUGUUAGUGAACCUAAUGUACUUCCGCCUAUGAACAGUCAGAUCAGUCAUCCAUCUAGUGCUUUUUCUUCAGAUGUAUCAUCCCCAGCUCCAAACAACUUGAAUGUUUCUGUAGUGACUAUAGAUACUUCACAAUCCGAUGAUACAGAUGAAUCUUCCAGUUUGAGUUCUUUUUCAUUUACAUUUAUGACACCACAAAAACGUUCGAGAGAGCCUGACACAAUAGAAGAAAAAAGGGUUAUUACUGAAACAGCUGAAGUGUGUGUUGUUUCAGAUGAUGAAUUUGUUCCAGAGACACCUGUGUCAGAAUUAGAGCCGCAGAAUCCAGAGAAUACUUCUAUAGAGGCAAUAGUGUGUGAUGAGGAUGAUGACUCUUCAUCAGAAUGUGAAAUAAUACUGACAGAACCUGCCAGUUCCUUAGCUGGCACAGCUAACACUGGAUGUGCCAGGAAUCUUCUAGGAAAGCGAACAAUGGGGUUUUCUCCGACAGCUCAGCUUCAGGUAGCCGUGGUAGAGCCAUAUGUUGGUCCAAGCUCUCAAGUGGGCUCAUUUAGGAAGACUGUUGUCAUGACAGAUUCAGAAAUAGAACAGUUGAGAUGCAUAUUUCAUAAACACAUCCUUUCAAACAAUGUAUCCACAAAUGAGAUUACACGUGCGAUCAACGCACACUGGGAUGUCUUCAGUGUUUUGAUGCAGAGGGGUGUUACCUUGAAACAGAUCAGGGACAUUUUCAACAGUUUUAUGAAACCAAAGAGAUGA